GUUCUAAUAAUUCUUGUUUCUGUUCUUGAGUUCUGGGAGAAAGCUGAUCCUAGAAAUCUAAGAAUAUAAUUUUCAUAUUAAGUUAAAGAACUUUAAUCUAGAUUUUUUUUUUUUGGAUCGUGAACGGACUUUACAGAGUGUAAUUUGUCAAUAAAGUCGCAUGGUGGUGCUGCGGAACAAGAAGGCGAUUAAAAGAAUUGUAAAUUCUGCAGACUCCAUUACCAAAACAAAGACGGGUUCGGAAGAGAAGACUCCGCAGGUCUUAGCAAAAACUAAAAUGUUUCCAUAAGGGCUGUUCAGAAUUACAAAUAAGGAGUAGAGUUCUUUUCUAGAAAUGAGAUUAACACUACCAGGAGUUUCUCUUCUUGAAAGGAUUAUGCGUUGUGCACCCACCCAAACAAUGGAGACUGCGCUAGGGAAAACUCAGCGAAACAGGCAAGUGAUGUUCUUUAUUGUAUCUUUUCUCUUGUCUGGGGCGGGUUCCGAUCCGGGGAGGUUUUCUGUGGCAGAGGAGAUGGAAAACGGCUCCUUUGUGGCCAAUGUAGUAAAGACCCUUGGGAUGGGAGUGGAAGAAUUGUCAGCCCGGGGAGCCCGGGUCCUCUCUGAGGAUAAAAAACAGCUUUUACAGCUCAAUAGUGAGACCGGAGACCUCCUUAUAAAAGAGAAACUGGACCGGGAAGAACUAUGCGGCCUCACCGACCCGUGUGUGGUGCCUUUCCAGAUCUUAAUGGAAAAACCUUUGCAGUUCUUUCGCGCUGAGCUCCAGGUCGAAGAUAUAAAUGACCAUUCGCCCACAUUCUUAGAUAUGAAGACAUUUUUGAAAAUAUCAGAAAGUACUCCAGUGGGGACAACGUUUCCCCUGACUAUCGCUCAGGAUAUGGAUGUCGGGAAAAAUGGUCUCCAAAACUAUACAGUAAGCCCAAACGGCUACCUCUUCCUUCGCACUGUCACUCUUAGUGAUGGGAGGAAGUACCCAGAGCUGGUUUUGGAAAAAGCUCUGGAUCGUGAGAAGCAGCCGGAACUCACAUUAACCAUCACGGCCAUGGAUGGUGGGUCCCCGGUGAGGUCUGGCACCGCCCAAGUGCAGAUCACAGUUGUGGACAUCAAUGACAACACACCUGUGUUUGCUAAGCCUCAAUACGAAGUGCAGAUCCCUGAGAACAGCCCAGUUGGUUCUCUGAUUGUGACUGUCUCUGCUGAAGAUUUAGACGCUGGUAUCUAUGGAGAUAUAACUUACACCUUAUUCCAACCAACUGCAAAAGUCAGUCAAACGUUUGGAGUAGACCCUCUCUCAGGAGACAUACGACUAAAAAGAGAAGUGGAUUUCGAGGAAAUUCAAACGUAUGAUCUAUAUAUUGAAGCCAUAGAUGGCGGUGGACUUUCUACAAAAUGCAAUGUCUUGGUCCAUGUGACAGAUCUAAACGACAACCCUCCAGAAUUGACAAUGUCGUCAUUUACCAGCACCAUUCCAGAGAAUUCCUCUGAGACUGUGGUUGCUGUUUUCAGCAUCCGAGAUCGUGACUCAAGGGAUAAUGGAAGGAUGACUUGUUCCAUCCAGGAAGAUCUCCCUUUCGUCUUAAAAAAACAAUUUGAAAAUAUCUACAUCCUCAUAACAGAGGAGACACUGGAUAGAGAGAAUAAGGCACAGUACAAUAUCACCAUUACUGUUACAGAUUUUGGGUCCCCAAGACUCAAAACUGAGCAUAAUAUCACGGUGAUCAUCUCUGACAUCAAUGACAACCCACCAGUUUUUAAUCAGACAGGCUAUACACUCUACCUCCAAGAGAACAACAGCCCUGCUCUUUAUAUUGGUAGUGUCAGUGCCAGUGACAGGGACACAGGGGCAAAUGCCAAAGUCACCUAUUCACUGCUGCCUCUAGAGGAUCAAAACCUGCCCCUUUUUUCCUACAUCUCCAUCAACUCAGAAAAUGGCAAUCUUUAUGCCCUGAGAUCUCUGGAUUAUGAAAUAAUACAAACUUUCCAGUUUACUGUGAGGGCAACUGAUGGAGGCUCCCCAGCCCUGAACAGCAAGGCUCUCAUUCGUGUUGUGGUCCAAGAUGAGAAUGACAACUCUCCCUUUGUGCUGUACCCACUGCAAAAUGGUACAGCCCCCUGUAAUGACCUGGUACCCAGAGGUGCAGAGCCAGGUUACGUGGUGACCAAGAUAGUGGCUGUGGAUAGGGACUCAGGGCAGAAUUCUUGGCUUUCCUAUCAACUGUUUAAAGCUACAGACCCUGGCCUUUUCACUGUCUGGGCCCAUAAUGGAGAAGUGCAUACAGCAAGACCUUUCAGUGAUAGAGAUGCCAUCAAGCAAAAGCUCUUAGUACUGGUGAAGGACAAUGGGCAACCACCUCUAUCCACAGCAGUCACACUGAAUGUGAUCCUGGUUGAUGGCUUCUCUGAACCCUACAUUCAUCUCUCAGAUGCACCCAAGGAACAGGCCCAGAGUGACUCUCUCACCAUUUACUUAGUCAUUUCUCUGGCCUCUGUUUCUUUUCUCUUCCUAGUCUCCAUAAUCCUGUUCAUCUCAGUACACCUUUGGAGGAAAAAAAGAGAUACCUUAAACAAUGAAUACUUUGGAUCCCAUGGACCCUCAUCGGGUCACUUGGUGGAUGUUAAUGGAACUGGGACCCUGUCCCAGAAAUAUCAAUAUGAGGUAUGCCUGGGCAGUGGCUUAGGGAGCAAUGAAUUCAAAUUCCUAAAGCCCAUUAUUCCCAGUGUACAAAUUCAGAGGUAUGGAAAGGAUUUAGAGGAAAAUCUGUCAUUUUAGAAUAACUAUAGCAUCAAUUAAUGAUUCUAUCUUAUUAAUAUGAUAAUUUUAAGUGACUUUUUCAUCUUUUUUAUUAGAUUGUACUAUAGCUAACUUUUUUGUGCUCCAUUUUGUUCCAUGUAAGCAAUAGUUUAGUAAUGUAUUAAACUUGUUUUCUAGACAUACAUAUAAAGACAUACAUAGUCAGUUUACUUAGAUUUAGAAGGGACUUUAGAUUGUUAUAUAGUUUAACUCUUUUAUCAUACAAAAAAAAAAUAGACCCAGUGAAUUUAAGUGUCUUGUUAGGACAGAUCUGUUGCUUGUUGCUCAUGGAAAAAUGCAAUAUUUUUACAACAGUUUAUGUUGUUAGUGUGUUAAUACAGUGAAGCAAAACCAUUUUCACAUUUCCAUUGUAAAUGAAGGUUUGGCCACUAGUAGCACAUAUUCUAAAACUGAAACUGUAUAGUGUUGAUUAGUAUGAUUCCUGCUUAAAGAUUGCAAAUUCAUUGAGCACCCCACAUUUUGGAUAAAAUAUUUCAUGUAUCUUGGCUCUUAAAUCUCUUCAUGUCUUUAUAUCAAAUAUGAGAUGAGUGAACCUUUGAAAAAUAUGUUUUCUAUGGUUACUGAAUAAUAUUUUACUGGAGUUUUUAAAAAUGUGGAUUAAGUAGUUACAGGAGAUAUAAUUUUGAUCUAAUGGUAUUUUCAGGAUUUUAAAAAACUUCUUGUAUUUUCUAUUGUGUUAAUGUAAGUUAAGGCUUUCCACAAAUGGUAGCUCCUUUUAUCACUGGUCCUAUGGAAUGUGUUUACAAAAUAUGGAAUGGUUAAAAAGUAAUUUGUUUUGGAAACUCUGGCUAUAAAUUAAAUGUUCAAGAAUCCAAAAAAAA